AUGAGUUUCAUUUUUUCCCAAACACAUAUUCGUGCUUUCCUUCCGUUAGCACCACGGGAGUCUCAGCCCAUUGGCCGUUAAAAAUUAAUGACGUGGACCAUUAUUCCGUCCAAAUGGAGCCCGCGUGGCUGUAACAUGGCCAUGUCAUUAAUUUUUUUUGAAUUAGAUACAGUAAUGGUUUUAGAGCGUUUCAUUAACAUCAAACGAGAAAUUAGGUUGAAGGUUUGGCGGUCGGAGAAGAAGCUGAGUCCAAAAAUCUUGCUGGUCUUUAUCAAACUGGUAAUGGAUGAUGACAGAGUGAACUUGUGGAUUCACCAUGGUGGGAAAUGGGAUUGUCCGAAAAAGAAGAAACAAUAUUUGGGAGGUGAGGUCAAGAUAAUGGAGAAUGUGGACAUAGACUUCCUUAGUAUGUUUGAGUUAGAAGGGUUAUACUAAUGGGGUAGAUAUGUGGUUUAGAAGGUUUAGUGAGAUGUGUGGGCCUGUUUCUUUGCAACAAAUUGGUUGUGAUAAAGAUGUGCAGGACAUGUUGGUUUGCAAGAUACUGGGCUACCAAAAACCCGACUCGGACCGAAUAUGAUGGGCUUCGUUCCGGUCCCUAAUUUUCAUAACCGAGACCUUCCGGGUAAUUUCCGGGUUUAGCAAAAACCCGACCCAGACCAGACCGAUCCCACCCCUACAAAAAAGUGCAAUCAUUUCAAUUUUGAAAUCUUCUGAAAAAACAAAAUGAUUUUUAUUAGAUAUUUUCUCGUUCUUAAGGUCCUUAAACAAAC